AUGGCCGAGGAAGGUAAGCUUGAUCUGUCGACUUUGCGGGAGAAGAUAUCUUCCAAGUUGAAUGACAGCCAAAAGCCUGGUAGAAACAACAAGAAAGAUGCUAGAAAACCGAACAAGAAGCAGUCUAAAAAUGGCAAAAAAGCUGCCAGAGAAACGAACAGAGAGCCUGAUGAACGCCCUGAUAUCAAGGGAGUAGGCAACGAUGCGUCGUCCGAGAGUAAUGCGGAAGUUCUUCGUCGCGAGGCUCUCGCGUUGGGAGCCUCUGAAAAGGAUUUGGAAUUGAUCAAUGGCGUCGCAAGUGACGACGAGGGAAGCGAGCAGGAGUUUGACACUCCCGCUGAAGGGAAAGAAGACAUCAAGUUCAACACGGAUCUCCAGGACCUUUUGAAGAACAUGGGAUUCGAUAAAACCGUGGUGCCCGCGGAAGAAGAUGAAGAAGAUGAAGAAGUAGAAGAAGAAGAGCACAAGAAGGCCCGUUCUGUCACACCUGAAGAGGAAUCUGAGGAAGAAGAAAGCAUUUCCGAAGAAUCGUCGCAGGUGGUUGACGAGGGCCAGCGUCUUAGUCAGGGCUCCGAGAAACAGGCCACCGAAAAAGAGGAGAAAGACAAAGAUCUAGUCUCACAACUCAACAUGGUUUCCUCGGACAAGCUUCUACUUUCCACUGAAAAUGCAUGGUACAAGUUGCCCACGGGUUCUGAACUAUCACAGCAAAACGACCCUCUCUCGGCGGAACAGAUAGAUAAGCUCUACAAAAGAGGUCAAGCCGCAUUGGAAGAGGACAAUAAAGUCUACUACGAGGAAUUUACCAAGAACUCUUCCCAGCGUAAAUUUAUGUCGCAGAUUCUGUCCGAAGGUACUCUGAACGAUAAAAUCUCGGCCUUGACGUUGCUGAUUCAAGAGUCUCCACUGCAUAACAUGAAGUCUUUAGACACGUUGCUUGGCUACUGCGACAAAAAAUCUAGAAACUCUGCGCUUCAGAGUGUGAAUGCACUCAAGGAUCUGUUGCUUAAUGGCAUCUUGCCGGACCGAAAGCUGAGAUAUUUCAAGAAUCAAAACCUUUCGAUGAUGUUGAGCAAGUCCACACUUGCCAUAUUAUGCUUCGAGGACUACUUGAAGAAGUUUUUCUUCAAGGUGUUGCAAACCUUGGAGAAACUGUCGCACGACCCCAUCGUCUACGUUCGCAUGCAAGUUCUUACGCAUGUUUUUGACUUCAUCACGGCAAAGCCAGAGCAAGAGUUCAACUUGCUACGGUUGGGGGUCAAUAAGCUAGGUGAUACCGACAAAAAAGUGUCUUCCAAGACCUCAUACCAGCUACUUAAAUUGGAACAGGUACACCCAAAUAUGAAAUCAGUGAUUCUGGACGCAAUCGUGGACGUUGCUUUAAGGCCCUCCGCCGAAUACCACACGACGUAUUACGCCGUACUCACGCUGAAUCAAACGAUCCUCAAGAGAAGGGAAGACAUGAUUGCGAACCAGUUGAUCAAGACAUACUUUACGCUUUUCGAAAAGUUUCUGCUGUCGACCAACUCGGACAACAACGAAGAAGGGGACAAUGCGCCCAAGAACAAAGACGCGUCGUACGAGAAGAAAAGGAAAAAGAACGUCAAGAGGGGCAAGAAAGGCGGGGUGUCUGUCAAGGACGACAAAACAGAUCAGGAAGUUGUGGACGAAAAGAAUUCAAAGCUGUUUUCUGCGAUCCUCACGGGUCUGAACCGUGCGUUGCCGUUUGCGCAAAUGCCUGCCAACGUGUACGAAGUGCAUCUGGACGUUCUGUACCAGAUCACGCACUCUUCGAAUUUCAACACCGCGGUGCAAGCAUUGGUGUUGAUACAUCAGGUGACCACGAAGGCUAGUCUGAACAACGACAGAUUUUUCAAGACCCUGUACGAGAGUCUUCUGGACCCCAGACUCGUGACGUCGUCCAAACAGGGUAUCUAUCUGAAUCUACUAUACAAAUCGCUCAAAAGCGACCAGCACAUUCCUCGGGUCGAGGCGUUUGUGAAAAGAAUCGUCCAGGUGUGCCUGAACUGGCUCAAUGUCGGGGCGAUCUCCGGUAUGCUGUUCCUACUGCUCCAGCUGAGCAAAUCGACGCCGCAGAUCAAGAACUUGUUUUCGAACACUCCCGAGGAUCACGAAUAUGUCUCGGACAAUGAGGAAAACGAAGGCGGUGACGAUAGCAGCGACAAAAAGGCGGCUGCUCCCUACGACAGCCGUAAACGGGACCCACGGUUUGCGCAUGCGGACAGUUCGUCUUUGUGGGAGAUCGAAAGCUUUUUGCGGCACUUCCAUCCCACGGUCGAGACUUACGCCCAGGCCUUUUUCCUGAGUUCUACGGACAUACCGAAACCGGACCUUGGCCUGCAUUCGCUGGCACAUUUCUUGGAUCGGUUUGUUUACAGAAAUGCAAAACAGAAACCCACCACCCGCGGCUCUUCUAUCAUGCAACCGUUGGGCGGAAGUCACACAGGCAACCUGAUCGUUCGUGCGUCGGACAAAGUUCUCGACGAGGUGCCUGCGAACACGCAGGACUGGCUGGCCAAACGGGCCGACGAGGUCACGCCCGACGAGCGGUUCUUCCAUCAGUACUUUUCGACGAAGCAGACCGCGAUCCGGCGCGCCGAGAAAAAGAAACGCGGAUCCAGCGACAGAUUUGACGACGAGAGCGAGCUAGACGAGGACGAAGUCUGGGACGCCUUGGUGAAGUCUAGGCCCGACGUCGAAGAGGACGGGGACGAGGACGUGUCCAUGGACGACCUGGCGAUGUCGGACGUGUCCGACAGCGACGACGAGGAGUCCGAAGUCAUUGCGGAGUUGGCAGCGGACAGCGGGGACGCGGACAGCGACAAUGAUGUGUUCUACAGUUUUGCCGACGAGGGAGCCGUCCCCGCUGCUGGCGAGAAGCGCGCGCUCGAAGACGCCGCAGACGAGGACGCAGGCCUCGGCGACAGCGACAGCGAGCCUGCGGCCGAGCCUGCGGCCGCAGGCUCGGCCGCCUCCGGCAAGCGCAGUUCCAGAAAGCGCUUCAAAGCGCUGCCCGUGUUUGCCUCUGCGGACGACUAUGCGCAGUAUCUGAAUGACUCAGACGAGUAG